UGAAGACGAGCUUCCGGAGGGAUUGGAGAGCAUCUCGGCGUCAAGGUGAGGAUUUCAACCUCUGUUAUCGGGAUCUUGAUUCAAUCAACCAUUUGAACUCGGGGAGGGGAAAUUGGCCUCAAGCCGUCUGAAGUUUAACGAACGUGACUGCAUCAUAACAACAAACUUAACCUCGAAAACGACUCGUGGAGAUUUAUACCGCUCGCUACGUGUUUUCCAUCCGUCAUUACUGACAAUUAAAUGUUUACAAUUAUUUAAAUGAUCAGUAAAGUUUGGAAUUGAUGUGAAAAAGACUGGAGAGUCACAAAAAACUGAAGAAUCGCGAAAAUCGUGGAGUGAGUGCGUGCAAGAGUGAAUUUGAUGAAAACAUUCUUAACUGAGUUGAAGUAUUUGAGUGAACAAUGGAUCAUCAGCAGCUGCAGCAUUUGAAUAACGCUCUCACAGCUGUACGAGUCCUCAGAUCUAGUGUCAGACAAGUGUUUGAUUCUGUGGCGAAUGGGCUCACAUCGGAUCAUGGGGAUGAGAACAAGGAUUCCAAGUAUUUGAGUGAACUGCAGGAGUUGUUGGUAGCAGCACAUUCCAACUUGAGAGACGUUGAGGCGGCUGUAGGCACCCUAAAUCCACCCUCAGGUCCCUUCAGCCUCGGCAGCACGACGUACCUCAGUCAGGAAACCAGUCAGGAGAGACAGGCGUUGUACAGUACUCUCGUGAACAGUUACAAAUGGUGUGACAAAGCCCAUGAGUACAGCAACGUUGCACAUGUCCUUCUCAGUCAAAAUUCGUUGAAGAGGUCGUACAUAAACACCAGCAGCAGGUCCAAACGGGGGAGAAUACAGACUAGCACUCAUAAUGUUUCCCCUGCCCAAGUGGACGCCAUGUUCAGCACCCUAGACCGCCUAUCCCCGGAUAUGACGAUCACAAUAACUCGGCCCUUUGCCUCGAACGCCAUCCUCAAUGUGACCAUGGGUCACAUUCUGAAGGGAGCGAUUGCCUUCAAGGGGCUCAUGGUUGAAUGGGUUAUUGUGAAGGGCUAUGGAGAGAAAAUGGACCUCUGGACAGAGUCUCGGCACAAGGUCUUCAGGCAAAUGACUGAGACUGCACAAGCUGGAAUGCUACAUUUCCACUCUCCAACGAUGCCAGAAUACGCUGUCAGAUCUUUCAUGACGUGGUUCGGAACUUUCGCUAAUGUAUUCAGCCAGCCCUGCAAACGAUGUGGACUUCACCUCCACAACGCCAUGCCCCCGACCUGGCGAGAAUUCCGUUCGCUCGAGCCAUUUCAUCAGGAAUGCAAGCCCUAAGUGCAUCUCCAGCCCCACAAUCUCUGUACAUAAAUCAACUCAUUCGAAAAAAAAAUUGCAAAUAAAAAUCAAUUCGUCAAUUAA